GAUGGGAUGGGAUGGGAUCCUCCUCCUGCGCGUCACAGCCCGUGCCGGUCGCCGCCUCCUCCCUGUCCCCGCCCCGUGCCCGCCCUUCGCCGCCGACCAUGCCGCUGGAUCACCGCCGCCUGUGCGGCCCGGAGGAGUCGCAGCCGCCCGCUCUGUGGGCAGCGCUCGCGGCCGAGGAUGAGGACGAGGAGGGCGCGGGGGCCGCGCCGCGGGACCCCUGCUCCCUGCGGCCGCUGUUCGCGCGGGCCGGGCUGCUGAGCCAGGCCCAGGGCUCGGCCUACGUGGAGCUGGGCAGCGGCACCAAGGUGCUCUGCGCCGCCUGGGGCCCGCGGGAGGCGGCCGAGCCCGGCCCGGGCCGGCUGCUGUGCGAGUUCCGCCGGGCGCCCUUCGCGGGCCGCGGGGCGCGGGGCCGGCCGGGCGGGCUGGCGGAGCGGGAGGCGGAGCGGGAGGCGGCGGCGGCGCUGCGGGAGGCGCUGGAGCCGGCGGUGCGGCUGGGCCGGUACCCGCGGGCCCGCCUGGCGGUCAGCGCGCUGCUGCUGCAGGACGGGGGCUCCGCGCUGGCCGCCGCCGUCAGCGCCGCCGCCCUGGCGCUGGCGGACGCCGGCGUGGAGAUGUUCGACCUGGCCGUGGGCUGCGCGCUCUGCCGCCCGCCCGCCGCCACCUCCACCACCGCCGCCGCCUGGAUGCUGCAGCCCGCGGAGCCCGAGGAGCGCCGCGCCGCCGCCCGCCUCACGCUCGCCCUGCUGCCCGCCCUCAACCAGGUGUCGGCCGUGCUGGGCGGCGGCCAGGGCGGCCCCCCCGAGGACUGGGCACAGGCCCUGCGGCUCGGCCUCGACGGCUGCCACCGGCAGUACCCGGUGCUGCGGCAGAGCCUCCUGCGGGCCGCCCAGCGCCGCGAUGCUGCUGCUGCUGCUGCUGCCGCUGCCUCCGUGGCCUGAGCGCCCGUGAGACACGGGUGCCCCGGUCUGAGCACGGGAUCGUCACCCAGAGCGCGUCCAAGCUGCCUUCAGGUGCUGCCGGAGACCCCUGGAGCCUGCCUGAUCCGCGCCUCGCUGUUGGGGAUUGAAAUAAGUUUACUUUCAGAACAUUAGGAGUUUAUUAAGUUUAAUUAUAACUACUGGAGACCACCACGGACCCAGCCUGUUCCACACCUCAUGCUGCCAGAGACCCUGGACCCAGCCUGUUCCAUGCCUCGUGCUGCUGGAGACCCUCCUGAGCCAGCCCUUGUGCUGCCAAAGAUCCCGCAGUGCUGCUCACACAGCUGAAGGCCCAAGAACUCUGAUGAAGGACACUGGAUCUACACCCCCCACACCACUGGAGAGCCCCCAAAAGCGUAUCUGAGGAGUCACCGCGUGGCAGAACGUUCCUAACUGGCAUUGCAGGGCCCAAACAGCCUGGCGUGCUGCUGGAUCCCUCCAAGUGCUGCUGGCACUGCAGGGACCCCAUGUCUCACCCUGGGGUGGUCCUGGCACCAGGCUGAGACCCUCACGCUGAGCUCCCCACCACAAGCAUCCAUGCAGGCAGGGUCCAGUCACCCCUGGGCAGGGACCACACCGUGGCAUGGACUGCAUGUCCCUUGGGCCUCCUGCCCAGGCAGUGCUUCAGGGCAGCAGAGUUGUGUUUUGUUGGGGUUUUUUCAUAGUAAUAAAUCGUUUAUUUUCUGGUGA